AUGAGGUUCAUGAAGGGGAGUAAAGUUGAAGUGUUAAACAAGAGCGAAGAUCCUGAUGGGUCAUGGUGGUGCGCAGAGAUCAUUUCUGGUAAUGGACAUAACUACUAUGUUAGAUAUGAUCGCCAUCUACCUGAUGUUGGUUCUUCUAUGGAAAGAGUACCAAGAAGGGCCAUUAGGCCCCGUCCUCAAUCAGAAAAGGGUCGUCUGGAUUGGGUGCCUGGUGAUAUUGUCGAAGUCCUUAAUAAUUUUUCAUGGUUCGUUGCCAAAAUAAUUAUGUUUUCCAGUGGAGAGUACUUCUCUGUUAGACUCCAUGGUUCUUCUACAGAACUUAUUGUCCACUCAUCUUGCAUUAGGCUAAGAAAAUGUUGGCAGGAUGACAAAUGGUUUGUUUUUAGAAAGUAUUCUGCAAAAUGUUGUGAUAAAAUUACAAAUGGGGUAUCAAAAGAGAAGUUAAUUUCUAACGUACCGCAACCCAUCGAUGAUCAGGGUACUUCUCAGUUUUUUGCUAGGAUUGUGAAGAAAAGGGCCAGGAAUUGCUCACGAUCGCUUGAAAAAUGUACUGGAACUUUCACAAAGAUGAGGGCUGUCGAGAAAGAAGGUGUUUUUGAAUGGAACUCGGCACUGGAAAAGGUUGAUGCUGUUACUUCACCACGGACAAAGUUUGGUGAAAAGUGCUUGUAUUCUUCCUUAAUCAACAGAAACACAGCAACUUUUGAAACAAAUCAAGUGGUUCUAGUAUCAAAUGCUGAUGGCGGACGUUGUUAUAGAUUUAGGCUGCAAGGUACUGAUGCUGAGAGUAUCUCAUCCUCUGUUGGUAGCUGCGGUGUUAACAAAAGCCCUUGUAGGUCAACGUGCGAUCCUUUUAAUGGCAUGGGUCAAGAUAUGAAAUCUCAUAAUGAUCUAUAUGAAGCUUCUGCUAUUUUAGGAAGAAAAAAAUCUCUCACAACGAGUGCGGCAUUGGACCAAGGAAUCCAUAGCCUUGAGUUACAAGCCUAUCGUUGUACAAUAUCAGCAUUUUAUGCUUCUGGGCCCAUGAACUGGGAACAAGAAGCAUUGUUGACAGACCUUCGCCGUAUGCUCCACAUUUCAAAUGAUGAACAUUUAUUGGAGCUUAAAAACCUAGCUUCCGGCCAAAUAAAUAAUUCUGUUAGAUAA